AUGGCAGACGAUAUUGUAUUUGAACUACUACAUUCGGAAAUUAUAAAUUAUGCUUUAGAACAAGUUAAGGAUGUUACUAAGACUAAGGACACAGAUUUAUCUGUUGUGGAGUAUAUCGGCUUUGCUGCAGGAUAUAAAAUUAUGGAAAGACUAACCAGAGAAUGGCCAAGAUUUAAAGAUGAAUUAGACACAAUGAAGUUCAUCUGUACCGACUUUUGGACAUGUAUUUAUAAGAAGCAGAUAGAUAAUUUACGGACCAAUCACCAGGGAGUAUAUGUAUUACAAGAUAAUGCAUUUCGUUUCCUUACAAACUUCUCUAAUGGACAGCAGUACUUAGAAUUUGCACCUAGGUAUGUUGCUUACACCUGUGGAUUAAUAAGAGGUGGGUUAGCCAAUCUUUGCAUCAAUAGUGUUGUAACAGCUGAAGUUCAGGCAAUGCCUUCAUGUAAAUUUCAUAUUCAUGUCCAGAGAACUUAA